CGCACCCAUAGCGAGCGUGAAGGGGGUGCGCUGGCAGAAAGCAGCUACGCAGGAGAGAGGGGCAGAAGCCGAAUGGUGGAGCUGAACAUGGCGGAUGGCGACAGCGGGAGUGAGCGCAGCGGGGGAGGAGGUGGCGGCGGCGGCGGCGGCGGAGGAGGAGGUGGAGGAGGUGGCGGUGCAGGCGGCAGCAGCAGCUUCCAGCACUUCCAGCGGGACCAGGAGACCCAGGAACUCGCGUCCAAGCGGCUCGACAUCCAGAACAAGAGGUUCUACUUGGACGUGAAGCAGAACAGCAAAGGCCGGUUCAUCAAGAUCGCAGAGGUCGGGGCCGGAGGCUCCAAAAGCCGCCUCACACUGUCCCUGUCGGUGGCUGCGGAGUUCCGGGACUACCUCGGGGACUUCAUCGAGCACUACGCGCAGCUGGGGCCCAGCAGUCCGGAGCAGAUCGCUCAGGCGUCCGCCGGGGAGGACGGAGGGCCGCGGCGGGCGUUGAAGAGCGAGUUCCUCGUCCGGGAGAACCGCAAGUACUACCUGGAUUUGAAGGAGAACCAGAGAGGGAGGUUCCUCCGCAUCCGGCAGACCGUCAACCGAGGCCCUGGCUUCGGCGUGGGCGGCCCCGCAGGCGGCAUGCUGUCCGGCCAGACCAUCGCGCUUCCUGCUCAGGGGCUGAUCGAGUUCCGAGACGCCCUUGCGAAGCUCAUAGACGACUAUGGAGGAGAUGACGAGGAGCUGGCCGGAGGAGGUGGGGCCUCCGGGGGCUGCAGCGAGCUCCCCGAGGGCACCUCCAUCAUGGUGGACUCCAAGAGGUUCUUCUUCGACGUGGGCUCCAAUAAGUACGGCGUGUUCCUGCGGGUGAGUGAGGUGAAACCCAGCUACAGGAACUCUAUCACCAUCCCCUUCAAGGCCUGGGGCAAGUUCGGAGGAGCUUUCAGCAGAUAUGCAGACGAGAUGAAGGAGAUCCAGGAGAGGCAGAGGGAUAAGCUGUACGAGAGGAGGGACGAGAGCGAGGGCGACGAGGUGGAGGACGACUGAUGCGGGCUGCAAGAUUUAAGAAAAUGUGGGAGAGGAGGAGACAUGUUUCUUAGUCCAGACAGAUCUGCAAUAUAUAGAGGGUGUUUUGCAUUAAAAAAAGAUAAAAGUGCAUGACAAAAUCGUGCUGUAAUAGCCUACUAAAGUAUCGUGGCGUUGAAAACACGUUGAAACACACACACACACACACACACACA